AUGGAGUCGAACAAGAAAAUUGGCUCGGGGACAAAUCAGACCCCUGUGGACAGGGGGAGAUAUCGAAGGCUAGUUGAACGCCUUAUUUAUUUAUCUCACACUAGACCUGACAUUGGUUUUCCUGUUAGUGUGGUGAGUCAAUACAUGAAUAAUCCAACAGAGGAACACAUGGAAGCGGUUACAAGAAUCCUAAGAUACCUCAAGAUGACUCCAGGAAAAGGUCUGCUAUUCAAGAAGAAUGAAAAUAAGGAAAUCAGAGUGUACACUGAUGCAGACUGGGCAGGAGAUAUAAUAGACAGAAGGAGUACUUCAGGUUACUGUUCUUAUGUUUGGGGUAAUCUAGUAACAUGGAGAAGUAAGAAACAGACAGUUGUUUCCAGAAGCUCAGCUGAAGCUGAGUUUAGAGCUCUAGCUCUCGGUAUUUGUGAGGGAAUUUGGCUGAAAAAGUUACUUGGUGAACUGGGAGUAUUUACAGAAGAGUCUAUGCACAUGCUUUGUGACAAUCAAGCUGCCAUCAGUAUAGCAAAAAAUCCUGUUCAUCAUGAUAGGACUAAACAUAUUGAGAUGGAUAAACACUUCAUCACUGAGAAGAUUGAGAAUGCUAUUGUUCAAGCUAUUUAUACUCCAUCAAGAUUUCAAACAGCCGACAUCCUCACUAAAGCUCUCCCAAGAACCAGUUUUGAAGAUUUAAUUUGCAAGCUUGGGAUGUUUGAUAUACACAACCCAACUUGA